UCCCUACCCACCUCCUCCUCUUACGAGAGGUGAAGGCAGUACCGGUAUGCAUGGACAUUGACUUAAAGGAAAAACAAUGCUGAUAUUAAACAGGUUACGAUUUGCCAGCUCACUCCGUAGAGUUUGUGGCCUAGGGCUCUAUGUUGGAAAUGAUCAGUCUGUCUUAAAACAUCUACCUUCGACGUCUGGCUGUGAAGCUUUCGUAACGGUGUUCACCUUGAAUGGCUCGGGCAGCCGCCGUUCUUCUGGAGUCUGUUCAAAAACAUUGCAUUUUUUGGAGCGCUUCAAAUCAAAUCAGUUCCCAGCCACUUCGCUCUUGAAACGUCGAUGCGGUAUGAUUUCCAGGACUUUUUGCACGGUUUUGAAAAAACUACACUGUUGGAAAUGCGAGGCACCACUGCAGACGCCUCCUGCGUUCUUCUGCCCGGCUUGCCUUGUCAUCCAGCCACUUGAUGAAAACAUCAACUUCUUCGACAUCAUGGACUGUGAAAUAUCCUUUGCUUUGGAUGUUCGGAAGUUACAGAAAAGGUACAUGCAUCUUCAGCGUUCUCUUCACCCUGAUAAUUUCAGCCAGAAAACGCAGCAGGAGCAGGAAUACUCUGAAAGUCAGUCUGCCCUGGUUAACAGAGCAUACAGGACUUUACUUAAGCCUCUCAGUCGUGGGCUUUAUAUGCUGGAACUUGAAGGGAUGAAACUGGAGGGAGACCCUGGUUGUGGGUUGAGCCUGGAGUUUCUCCAGGAUAUCCUGGAGAUAAGUGAAAGACUGGCUGAAACACAAAGUCAAGAAGAAGCCAGUGACAUCUGGCAUUUCGUCAGAGGUAAAUUGGAAAACCUGAUUGGAGAAAUUAAUAAAUCUUUCAGCGAAGGAGACCUUAACAGAGCAAAGGUGCUUUUGGCUGAAAUGAAGUAUUUUGCUAACAUUGAGGAAAAAGUGAAAGAUAAAGUUUCUCAGAUCCAAUGAUGGCCUUUCAAUUUCGGGCUCCAGAAUGGAUGUACCUCUUCAGACUUAUAUUUUGUUAACAAACUUGGACAAGAGUAUGUAUAUAUUUUUAAAAUGGAAGAAAAGCAAUUCUUUUUUUAAGUGUAUAGCCCAGGUGGCUAAAAUUUUAAGUAAUGUUUAUAAAGACACUGACACUAGGAAGUAAAAAAAUUGCACUUUUUGGAUGGAUUGUGUCUGGAAAGGAGACAGAAAUUGCCGACUCAAAACCAAUGGCCAAGUGUGUUAACUGCUUUGACCUAAAUUAAUAAAUGGUAUAUAUUUUUGCAGCGUGUUAUACUAAAAAUAUGCAAAUUAAGAGUGCAUAAAUUGAGAAAUGCCUGUUUUUUAUAAAAGUUGACAGAGUUAUCUUGGAUUGUGUACAAUUUAAUGAUGAAGAUGGAAAGAUAUACCAGCACAUUAAUGGACAAUUGUCUUUCAUGGGGGAUGCUUUCAAAUAGGUAAAACUUAUCAGUGGCACAUACAGUGAGUACGAAUGUACAAAUGUUCUUUUGUGUAACAUAGCUGUGAAAUUGUUGUGUGGUCUGAAAUCCUUCAUGUAACUUCCUUCUUUAUUUCUUUUGAUAUGCAAACCUGCAUAUCGCUGUACUAAAUGUAUAGCUGACAGUUCAAAUGUGUGGUUGUUUAAUUUCUUUUAUGCAUUCUGCAUAUUGUUUUAGUAGUGGCAUAUUAGGGGUAUUUAUUGAAUCUGAGAAAUAUGUUAAUAAAAAUCAUUUAAACGUUUUAA